AUGUCUUCUAAAGUGUGUAAAUCAAUUAAUGAGAUUGAUAAUUAUUUUGUUGAUGAUCUGAAAAACUCGGGAAAUGAUCUUUCUAUGGAUUUAUUAAGUAUGUAUUGCCCUGAUAGUAAAUGUAGUAGUGAUGAACUAAAGAUUAUCUCUGGUUUUAUAUUGUUACUAAAUAUGUUUGGUGAGGGAGAUAUAGAUAGUGAUAAACUUGUUGAAUACGCUAUUUUAUGGUUAAGUUAUAAACUAAAUCAAAAAACACAAAAUGGAACCACCAAAUUAUACGACUUUUAUACUGAAAAAAUAAAAACAAAUAGUUGUUAUAAUGGGCAUAUAGCUGAUAAUAGUGAUAAUGGUGAUAAGAUUAAUAAGGAUGUUAUAGAAAAUAAAAUAAAAUCGAUGAAUAUUGAUAUUAAAUAUAUAUCUAAUUAUUAUGAUCCAUUUAAAUCAUUAUGUAACGUGUAUAAUGAACUUGAUCCAGAAAAAAAACAAUGCAAGACAUGUUUAGAAAGUGGUGGAGAAUUUUUUGAAAAAUAUGAAAAACAUAAAAAUGCUUUAGAUAUUACUAAAGGAGAUUCUUAUUCUCAACUAUGGUUUAGUUUAUUAAAAGAUUAUAAAAUUUUUGAAAAUAAAUAUAAUAGUCUUGAAUGUAGUAGUAUCUCACCACUUGUAGCUUGUCCACGAAGUUCAGUAACACAAAAUACAUUAAUUACAAUUGCAAUUAUAUUUGUUGCAGCAUCAAUUUUAUUGGGAGUUUCUUAUAAGUAUUCGUUAUUUGGAUUUCGGAAACGAUCUCAAAAACAACAUUUAAGAGAAAAACUAAAAACAUAA